GCCCGCCGCCCGCCGCCCGCCGCCUGCAGCCCCCCAGCCACCGCCGCCGCCUCCGCCUCUCGGGCUGCAGCUCCCGGCGUGCCCCGCACUCGCCGCUGGCCGCCCGCCCCUCCCUCUCCUCCUACCAGUGCCACAGAGCCGGAGCCGCAGCCGCCGCCGCAGCCACAGCCGCGGACACUAUGGCUUCUGGAGUUACAGUGAAUGAUGAAGUCAUCAAAGUUUUUAAUGAUAUGAAAGUAAGAAAAUCUUCUACACAAGAGGAGAUCAAAAAAAGAAAGAAAGCCGUUCUCUUCUGUUUAAGCGAUGACAAAAGACAAAUAAUUGUAGAGGAAGCAAAGCAGAUCUUGGUGGGUGACAUUGGUGAUACUGUAGAGGACCCCUACACAUCUUUUGUGAAGUUGCUACCUCUGAAUGAUUGCCGAUAUGCUUUGUACGAUGCCACAUACGAAACAAAAGAGUCUAAGAAAGAAGACCUAGUAUUUAUAUUCUGGGCUCCUGAGAGUGCACCUUUAAAAAGCAAGAUGAUUUAUGCUAGCUCUAAAGAUGCCAUUAAAAAGAAAUUUACAGGUAUUAAACAUGAAUGGCAAGUAAAUGGCUUGGAUGAUAUAAAGGACCGUUCAACACUUGGAGAGAAAUUGGGAGGCAACGUAGUAGUUUCACUUGAAGGAAAACCCUUAUAAAAUGCCAGUCAAGUGCCAUCUGGAUCUUAAGGAGCUUCCAUUUCUCCAGCUCAAUCAAUUGAAAUAGUGUUAGGUGUUUUUUGUUUUUGUUUUUUUUCUCUUCCCACUGGGUCCUUCCAAUACAGUGAAUGAAGGAAAUACCAUUCAUGUAAGCAGCCUAUCAGUGAUUGCCAUUAGACUGUUUAAUACUGUUACUUUUAUGUAGAACCCAAGGAAUGCCUUCCCGUCAUAUUUUAGCCAAAACAACUGGUUAUAUGCCUCCCUUGCAGCAAGCACUACAAUGAAAGUGAUUGUCAAUGUGAAUAGCUUAGAAUACUGCAAAGGGUAAGCUGAUUGAAUGCCUUGAAAGUAUUAUCCACUGGUCAGAUGGUAAACUUUAUUCAGUAUUAUUUAUAGUUGCACUUGAUUGCAGUUUUGUGAGGCUCGAGCAUUCAUACACCUCACCUGCCUUGGCAAGCCUAUUUUUGUGACAUGGCAGCACAGAUAUAACACUAUGCAUUUAAAGCACUUUUUUUGUAAUGAGUUUAACUCACCCUCCCUCCCCCAAAAGGAAUGCCAAUUAGGUUUUGUUAACAGUGUCAUCAACUUAUCCUGGUACCUCAGUAUUCAUUCCUGUUACCUGCAUAUCUUAAAAGAAACAGCUGUUAAUGCCUUUUUGUUUUCCAUUGAGUGUACACUACUGAAUAAGUGUAGGAGUUUAUGUUUACCAUGUAAGUUUUGCAACACUAAAAAUAUUUUGAAUAUCAGUCAUGAUGGCAAUUUCUGUAUAAAAGAGCCUUAAAUGGAACAUUGUUUUUGAGAUCAAACUCCCUACCCUCACAAAAAUGGCCACGUCGCAAUAAAAAUUGUGGCAUAUUACAGAACGUUGCCUUGUUUUCCUUGGACAUUUUGCAAAAUGUUAUGUGAAGCAACUUUUAGAGUAAACAGCUAUUACUAAUCUUUGCACUGGUCAUUUAAGAAUUUUUUUGUACAACAUUCAUGCAUGAUAUUUUCCAGUUUGUUGAGUUUAAAAAAUAUUCUAUCCUAAAGCCAACAAAUAGAAAAUAUUGUUACAGAGGGAUACUUUUAUAAACAUUAGUUUAUUUAUUUCCUUAUAUGUUAAUAUGAAGAUCAGAAGUUAUUUUUUGCACUUUGACAUAAAUAUUCUUCAAUACCAGAUUUGUUUUCUGGAUAAAUUAGGGUAGUUAUUUUUUAAUUCACGUUUAUGUUUCUAAGUAACUGAGUAGUAGAAGCAGGAAGCUCUUAACUGCAUAUUUGGUCAUGAUGAAAGUAAUUUAUAAAAUGUCCUUCAAAAGUUAAUAAUACUUCUCGUGUUUAGGACCUUUCAUUUCAGCUAUUAUUUCUUAAUACAUCUUGCAAAUUGGGGGAAAAAAAUGAUGUAGCAAUCUUAAGUAUUAGUAGUGAGAUUUGGCUGUGGUCCAGACUGCUCUCCUUAUAGAGAAUUUGAUCUGCUCAGUGUGAGCAGUUUGCUGUUAGCCAGAGCUAUUUAUGGCAAACACAUGCUUUUGUAUCUUGUCAUAGUUAUCCACAAAUGGCAAAACUGGACUUGAUUCUACUGGUAUGCAAAACAGGCAUGCUAGUAAGCAGUCAAUCGUGGCUUAGAACUUAACCCCAUAGCUCUGAAGAAUGCUCUUAUCAGAAAACAGGAAACAAAAAUUCUUCCUUUUUUUUUUUUAACGUGUUAGUAACUUGAGUACAAUUAGGUAUUUUCCCAUAUUAUCAGAAGAUUUUUAAAGGUGAAAACAAAAGUAGGACUUAAAUGUUUAGGCUUCCAUUUAAAAUUAUAUGAAUGGCUUGGGAUCUUUUGCACUGAGCUAUCUUAUUUCAGGCUUCCAGCUGUCCUUUUGAGUUAUCCUGGACAUUUUGAUGGUUUUUUGGUAAGGCUGAACUCAUAAAGAAAGUAUGAGAAUACUGACAUAUGCUGAACCGUAUAUGUAACUGAUUCUUAGAAUUUUCAUUAUUUUCCUCAUUCUAAAAAAAUAAGGGACUUUAAAUAAGUUACGUAGUACUGUUUGUUUUUAUAGCUGACUUACCAACUUUCUUAUAUGCCUCGUAUAGUAAUAAUUUCAGAGAUUAUUGCUUUAAACUGUGGUACUUUGAUUUGUUAGACUGACAGAACUGAGUUCAUCUUUGAAAUACAUCUUUGUGCAUAGAGGCAAAAAUAAUGAUAAAAUUAAUGGUUCACAUGUUACUUGAGACUAAUUUGGCAUUUGAAAUGAUUUUAUUUUACAAUCAUUUACAAUGAAACAAUGUUCCAGUUAGCUUUAAAAGGUAUACGGUGCUAAUUAGUAAAAUAUUGAGGGCAAUAUUUUACUGCUAGCUUGCAAAAUUAUAAGUGUUUAAAAAAAUAAAAUGUAUGAAAAUAUAUAAAGCUGUUGAGAUGUGUUUACUUAUACUUCAGAACACUAAAAUUUUAAAAACUGAUGUUGCAGAUCAAAGAGGCACCUUUAGUCUUUUUUUAGGGUUUUAGUUGAUAUACUUUCUCAUUUACAGAUACCAGUAUUCUUUGAAAACUUAGUGUUAUAGCAAUUUUAACAUUUUUGGACAAAUGGGAACAGUUGGCAUUUGUCCCAAACUGGCUGUCAUCAGCUGUUGUUUUCAAUCAUUAUCUAAAAUGUGGCUUUUAGUAGAUUGAAAGAAAAGCCUCUUACUAUGUUUGAGUUUUUCUGAUAUAGAUCUUUUAUAGCAGCUAAUUUAUGGAAUCUAGCAAGUGAGUUUUGGGAGAAAAUUAAGUGCUUCCUUAUUAAGGAAUAAUCUCAGCAAUGGUCAAUCAUAGAAGGGUUGAGAACACCCUUCGUUAGGUUUUCCACUCUGAGAAAAUAAUCUGGUUCUGCUCUUCAUAGGUCCUAUUUUUGCUUGCAAAUUUAAUAAUAGUUUGAGAUCAAACAAACAUGAAUAUUCAUUUUUUGGUGAAUAUUAAAACAAUCAGAGAUGUGUAAGCAAGCUCCAACGAAUAUUGCUUUUCAGACAGUUCGAAUUUGUAAAUGCUCUGUCUCAUCUCAGGCAAUAAAGAGAUCUGAGGCUUUUCUUUUGCUCUAGAAUAUCCAAAUUGCUUUUUUCCUUUUACAUUGGGGAGUCAUCCCUCUACUUCAAUUUCUUAUCCUAAUGCAGUUGGGCAAAUUAAUCUUUCUGAGCCUCAGUUUCUUAACCAUAACAUGAGAAUGACGAUAAUCUAUCAUACCUCAUUGUAGAGGAUCAAAUACGGAAAUGUUUUUGGAAAAUGCUAUCUAAACAUAGUAAUUUGGUUAAGUAGAUAACCAUGUUAAAAAUAAGAUUUAUUGUAAGUCUUUGAACCUCUUCAUUUUGUAACUAUUCCACUUAAUCUCAUAGUUUAAGGAUUAAUUAGCUGAUAUGUAGCAUCUGUUUUUCAGUAGUAAAGUGUAGCCUCUGAAUUGAUGUUUGUUGACUGCUAUUAAUCUUUUUAGUGUAGUUUUCUUUUUCACAUGUAACCAAUCAGUUACUAAUUUUUUCUCCCAAAUAAUUGUGAAGUAAAAAAUAAGAGGAAGUAAAGUUAGAAAUACUGGUUUGGAAUACUUGUCAUAAAUUCAUAAGCCAUGUUGUUGAAAACCUGUGACUAUUUAUUAUUAAUAUCAUAGAUUUAUGUAGUCCUUUCUAUUUCCCACAGAACUUGAAAUUUAUCUAAUCACCUUAGGUCCUCUUAACCAGCUAACCAUAGUUCCCUGCUACACAUGAAGAAACUGAGUCUGGAGAGGUUAAGGGACCGCAAAUCUGAUUCCAGUCCAGUAUACUUUUCAGUCUGCAUUUAUGUAACAUAUAGUGAGUUACUAAUUUUCUUUCUCUAUUUUUUUUAAGAUUUUAUUUUUUUAAGUAAUUUCUACCUGGAGCUUGAACCCAUAGGCUUCAAUCCCAACAUGGGGCUUGAACCUCUAACCCGGAGAUCAAGAGUCGCAUGGUCUACUAACUGAGCCAACCAGGCACUCCACAAAUUUUCAGGGAAAAAAAAAGGAUUAUCUGAUUCUUUUGAGCAGGACAUAAUUAUUCAGUAUGUUUUCAAAGUAACGUCUCAAUAUUUGAAAAAUAAUCUUGGAAUUUUUGUUUCCUAAGGAAACCUAUGCUCAUAAAAUAAAUAAUUUCACACUUCAAAGAUUUUCUUAGAUGUUUCAGUAUUGUAAAUGUAUGGGAUUGUGGAAACCAUAAGGACUGUAUGGACAUAUUUUCCAGAAAGUUCAUACCUCUAAUCUUGUUCCAAAAACUUGGAUAUCUCCCUCCCUUUGUUCCUCAACCCAUCUUUCUAAGGAGAGAUAGUACUAUGUAUUAGAGUGGUUCAGUACUAGAACUUUGGUAUCAGACUGCCUGGGUCAUUCACAUAUAGGCCUUUAACACUUACUAAUUGAGUGACCUUAGGAAAAUCAACCUCUCAGAGCCUUAGUUCAUGUAAAAGAGGAGGUAAUAAUUGUACCCUGUCAUAGGAUUUGAUGAUAAAUGAAAGCACCCUGAGUAGUUACUAGCACAUAGAAAGCAUUCGAUAGGAUGAUCUUAAAAUUCAUAGCCCAAACAGGACAAUUUUUUGAGAGUAAAAGUGAGAGCUAUUAAUAAUUAUGCCAGGACAACAGGCUUAAGUUGGGACAGUCCCUAGCAAACCAGCUGUAGUCACACUGUCAAGAAAUAGGCUGAUAUCAAAAUGUUAAUACUUAAAUAGAAGAAACUAUUAAAGACGAGGUGGUUAAUUUGAAUUUUAUGAGGUACUAGUAUGCUAAGUUUCUUUUGAAGUAUAUAAUUACUCUUUUUUUUUUUUUUUUUGAAUGUUUAUUUAUUUUUGAGAGAGACAGAGACAGAAUGUGAGUGGGUUAGGAGCAGAGAGAGAGGGAGACACAGAAUCCGAAGCAGGCCCCAGGCUCCGAGCUGUCAACACAGCCCGAUGAGGGGCUUGAACUCACAGAGCUGUGAGAUCAUGACCUGAGCCGAAGUCAGACGUUCAACUGACUGAGCCACCCAGGUGCUCCAGUAUAGGAUUACUCUUAAGUAAUUAACCCCAGAAAGGUCAACUUUGGAUUUUUUUUAUGCUGCCUUUUUUUCUUUUUUUUUUUUUUUUUAGCUUUCCUUUUGACCCUCAUACUUGUAAACUCUCAGAUACUGCAUUUUGCUAUUAACAGUUUGCUUUACUUAUAGUGUUGGUUUCCAUCUCAUGUAGAUUUGGAAAGCCAGUGUGUUUAGAAUUGUGUAUAAGAAAGUGAAUAGACUCAUUGUGGGCUUGAGAGCAAAAGUCCUGAGCACAUGAACCUUCUAACAUUCCUUCUGGCUAUUUAAAGAGGUUUGAUGUAGUUUCCGGGUUUUUGUUUUUUGUUUUUUUUGUUUUAACGAGUGAAGUGUGUAAGAUAAGACAGCUGAGCUGUAGAUAAAAGAGGCAUCACUGUAUCCCAGUAAGGUGUCUAAAAUGUUAUUUAUUUAUUUAUUUAUUUAUUUAUUUAUUUUAAAUGUCAUUUUUAAGUCAUGUUUCUCUUUGAAAAUACUUGUAUCAUUAAAGGCACACAAAUAAAUUUGUUCCCAUUCAGAGAAAAGGCUUAUUCUUGAGGCGCCUAGGUGGCUCAGUCGGUUGAACGUCCGACUUCAGCUCAGGUCAUGAUCUCACGGUUCGUGGGUUUGAACCCCGCAUUGGGUUCUGUGCUGUCAGCUCAGAGCCUGGAGCCAAGGAAAGGCUUAUUCUUGACCCAAUUUUUUUUAGAUUAUUGAAACAAUAGAAUAUGAGAACAUGCAUUUGAUAAAGCAAAAUAAUCUUUAAAAAAUGUAAAAUGCCAGUUGAUUUUUUUUUUAGCUUGUUAGAUUUUUCUUAAAUGUACCCUAGAUGUGUUCACUUGGAAGUACCUUUGAUUGCACUUCAUAGAUAAUAUGCUUUCAUUUACUCUUGACCUCUGACAGCUAAUUAAUUAUGCAUAUACAAUGUUUUAGUUUAUUUGGCAUAACAUGAAAGUUUAGACAUAACCUGAAAAUUCAUGGCAGAUUUUUGUUCAAACGUGUAAUUUUCUCACAGCAAUGAAAAAGCACUUAAGUUAAUGGUAUACUGUCUUCUUGUAGCUCUUUUUUCCUCAUUUUGUAUAUUCUUAACAGUGGAAUUUCAAAUAUUUCCUUUGGGAAGUUGAUAGUUACUGAGAGAAUCACAAAAUUCCUGGGCAUUUGGCCCAUAGUUCCUAUGUGUUCCUGUGAGCUCUCAGGACCUUUUUUCUUUUAUUAGUAACAAACUAAAUCACCAGAUAAAAAGAAAGUUCCCAAAAAGGCAUAAUUAGUUUUAUCAAAGGUAAAAAUGGCAGUAGAGUACUUUGUUCUAGAAAUCAUAAAAUUUUGCUAUACAAUACAAAGAAUAAUACAGGAAAGAGAUGUAGGGGCGUUUGGGUGGCUCAGUUGGUUAAGCGUCCGACUUCGGCUCAGGUCAUGAUCUCACAGUUUGUGGGAUCGAGCCCCACAUGGGGCUCUCUGCUGUUAGUGCAGAACCCGCUGGGAUCCUCUGUCUCCCUCUGCCUCUCUCCCCAACUCUCAAAAAUAAAUAUUGUUUUUAAAAUUUUGUAAUGUUUGUUUAUUUUUGAGAGAGAGCAUGAGUGGGGGAGGGGCAGAAAGAGGAAGACAGAAUCUGAAGCAGGCUCCAGGCUCUAAGCUGUCGGCACAGAGCCUGACAUGGGGCUUAAACCCACAGACUGCGAGAUCAUGACCUGAGCCCAAGUCAAACACUUAACCAACUGAGCCACUCAGGCACCCCAAAAAUAAACAUUUAAAGAAAGAUAUGGGGGCGCCUGGGUGGCUCAGUCGGUUAAGCGUCCGACUUCAGCUCAGGUCAUGAUCUCACGGUCUGUGGGUUCGAGCCCCGUGUCGGGCUCUGUGCUGACAGGUCAGAGCCUGGGGCCUGCUUCGGAUUCUGUGUCUCCCUCUCUUUCUGACCCUCCCCCAUUCAUGCUCUGU